CACUACUGGCUCGGUGUGACCCUGAGCCCCCCGUCACUUCAGCUGCGUCCUGAGAGAUGGAGCCCGUUGUAUCUGAGAUGCCGUCAGCUCCCCUUAGGAUGAAGGCGAGAGCCAGAUAAGUGAACGUGGUUGUUGUCGUUCUUCUUCUUUGUCCGUCGCUCUCGAGUGCCACCCCGGGCUCUCCGUUAUUCGACUAGCGCACGCGCGGUGGUCUUUAGGACCCUGCGGCGCCCCUCCUCCUCCUCCUCCUCCACCCCACCACAGACGCGGCUCCACUGAAGUGUCAUCUUUGAAAUGUUGAAGGAAAAAAAAAAAAAACUGGCGACUCGGGCGGACUGGAGGGGCUACGAGAGGCGAAAUCCCAGAGCCCUCCGAUGUCAUCACGUCACACCGCCGUUACAUAGAAAAAGUAGAGGGGCGAGUCGGCGGCGGCAUUGGUGCUCUGGCUGGCCAAGUGCUGAGGUGCCACCUCGGGUCUGAAGGACGCUGCGCUCGGGACUCGUCUAACGGGACAUCGCAUCGGCAAAAAGAAAAAGUCAAAGUUCCUCUCGGCUGUGGAAGCCCAACUUUGGACGCACGUGGACUUACAAAUGUGUCGGGGGCAUUGAGCAGGAACACCGCGGCCAGGCGGGCUCGAGCUCGGCACGGCUUCACCUGCGAGGAAAGGCGCUAGAUCGCUUGGCUGACUUUAGGUGUGCAGCCCGACCUGAUUGACAAUCGCGCUGCUCUCGUCGCCUGUCAUUUCUCGCACCUUCUGUGGCCAUUUCGUUCACUGUUCUUUAAGAAUGGGGUGCGAGUGAAAUUCCAGAAGAGCCUCCUCCGCGCCCCCUAAGAUGGACCUUCCCCAAAUCCUGAAUACGACUCGCCUGCCCCUCGACUGAUGUGCGACUCCUCGGGAUCUCCACUUUCCAAUGGACUCUUGACAAGUUUGGUGGGAAGGCUACCCGCUGACCGCCCGGCAGCUCUGCCCGGAGACCCCUAAGAAGACCACCGUGCUUCCCGAGUCGCCAAAGCCGGCCAGAUGCAGUUUCGACUUUUCUCCUGCGCGCUCAUCAUCCUCAACUGCAUGGAUUACAGUCAGGGUCAGACCAGCCGCUGGAAGAGGAGCAAGCGAGCUAGUUAUGGGCAAUACCCAAUAUGCAAAGGCUGCUCCGUUUGUUCCAAAGACAAUGGAUGCCUCAACUGCCAGCCAAAGCUGUUCUUCUUCCUUCGGAGGGAGGGAAUGAGACAAUAUGGAGAAUGUCUGCACGCCUGCCCAGCAGGGUAUUAUGGUCUGCGAGCUCCAGAUAUGAACAGAUGCUCAAGAUGCAGAAUAGAAAACUGUGACUCGUGUUUCAGCAAAGACUUUUGCACCAAGUGCAGAUCGGGCUUUUACUUGCACAAAGGCCGCUGCUUUGAGGAAUGUCCGGAAGGCUUCGCACCUUGGGAAGAAAGCAUGGAAUGUGUGGAUGGCUGUGAGGUGGGCCCGUGGAGUGAAUGGGGGACGUGCAGCAGGAGGAACAAAACCUGCGGCUUUAAAUGGGGUUUGGAGACGAGAACCCGGCAUAUCGUAAAGAAGCCUCCCAAAGACACAAUACCCUGCCCGACCAUCGCCGAGUCAAGACGAUGUAAAAUGGCCAAGAGACACUGCGUGAAAGAACCCAGAAGACCAAAACCAAAAGACAAGAAAAAGAAGAAGAGGAAGCUCCUGGAGAGAGCCCGGAAAGAGCACAGCGCGGUUCUGGCGACAGAGCGGACCGGUCAGUAGAGACGAGACUUUAGCCAUUAAUGGACGCUGCUAGCUGCUCCUGCUCCUUGCCACGCUGCGCCCCUGCCGCUUUGUCAGUACCGGUGGCAGCUCCACGUGGAAGCCCAGUCCACGAAGCUUGUUCCUUUUGUUAACAACGCGACCUUUCCAGGAAGCAACUCCACGGUCGACCAGAGCCGUCAAGUAACGGCGCCACAAGUGCAUUGAGGACUCUCACCCACGGCUGUGACUACAACAACGGCGGACCACCUUCAGCGCAGAGCCGAGGGUCACGUCCCGUUUCGAAGCGGACUUGUACAUAUGUGUUUGUAGAGCCCGAAUCUCUCUUUGAAGGAGAAGGACUGUCUCAUGCAUGGCCUUUAUGUUGGGGAAGCCCACCUUACCAGACGAAUCCCAUGCAUACCUACUAAGUAUUCUCUUCUCAGCGCAAUUUCAGUUUUUCUUUUUAUUUUUGCCAAGAACAUCCUUAUUGUAAAAACGCUUGAAGCUGUAAUUAAGUACUACAAAGUGGAAAAAGAAAAGAUCUUUGUCGUCCGACAAGCAUGGCAGUCCUCCUGUGUACAUAGAGCUGAGAGUCGACACCACAUAAUAAAACGUAUUGCUGUGUUU